AGUGUGAGUGAGUGUGAGACGGACCAUCGAGAAUAUAAUUGCGUUUCGGAGGUGGUUGUGAUCGUAAAGUUGUUUUCAUUUUUUUAUAGAAUUUAGUUCACCACGAAAUGAAACUCUCAUAAACAAUUUUAAUAAUAACGAAAACGGCAAGUUACGGAUAGUGUUAAGACACUUAUUAAAUAAAUAAAUCCCCCCAACGGGAGUGAUUACUUAGUGCAUAUUUGGAAUAGUAUAAAAAUGGCUGGAAUUCUACACUUCGUUUUAUACAUUCUCUUCUCAACGACGCUUUUCCAGUAUGUAAAAUCGGAUGAUGGUCAUUGUAUUUGGUACGGACAAUGCAACAACGACGGCGGAUUAACACAAAAUUGUUGGUACAAUGGCACCGCGAUUCCAAUGGAAGACCCCGACGGUUUAGAACUCAUUCAAAAAUGGUGUCCUCACAUGCUCACAUCGGAUAAGAUUUCAACGUGUUGCGAUAGCAACCAGCUAAAAGUGAUGGACGAAAAAAUUAAUUUGGCCGCCGGGUUCCUGCAAAGAUGCCCUUCUUGCAUGAACAACCUCGUCAAGCAUUUCUGUGAAAUGACCUGCGCCACGAACCAAUCGAAAUUUAUUAAUAUCGUUUCAACAAAACCAAACGGAAAUAUUAAAAAUGAAACCUACAUAACGGAAAUAGAUGUUUACAUGGCAAAUGAUUACCUAGAAGGUACAUACCAAUCUUGUAAACAAGUUAGCGUGCCAAGUACGGGUCAAAAAGCUUUGGAUAUCAUGUGCGGAAGUUGGACAUCGACUCGUUGUUCCGCUAAAAGAUGGUUCGAUUAUAUGGGGAAUAAAAACACCCCUUUUGUACCGUUUCCAAUUAACUACAAGAAUUCAUCGUCGGAUGGCAGUUUUAUACCAGCAAAUCCGCCCGUAACUCCAUGCAGUAAAGCGCUAAAGGAAGGAUUAGCUGCUUGCAGUUGCGUCGAUUGCGAAUCAAGCUGCCCGGUACCAGAACCCCAACCAGCUCCAGCCGGACCGUUUAAAAUCCUAGGUUACGAUGGUUACGCGUUCAUAAUGACCUGCAUUUUCGUCGCGGGAUCAACCCUUUUCUUAAUGGUGGUGUUUAUUUGCCCCAACAUAUCCGGAGGUUAUUCUUUAGGGCGUACCGAUGAUACAGUUGAAAUUGACCGGUUCUCGGGUACUUAUACAGUGGCUGCAAUUAUUCGGGGGAGAGGUACGGAUGAGGUGCGAGCUGCCGUAGGAAGGAGGUUGGCUGGAGUCGAUCGAUCACCCCAUAACACUUUGGGAGAUAGCGAAGAUAGCCCCCUUCAACAAUCCAAGAGAUCCAGUGUUGCAUCAGAAACCGACCAUGAAAUGGACACCCACUCCAUCACAAAAAUGCCUGGAGAAUACGAAAUCUCAUCGUCAUUCAUCGAGAAAUUAGGGGCAAACACCGACACGAUUCUCCAACAAUUUUUCGAAUCCUGGGGGAAAUUUUGCGCGUCUCGCCCGUGGUUAAUUUUAUUUUUCGGGGCUUGCCUCGUCAUCGCGCUUGGACACGGAAUAAAAUAUUUAAAAGUAACCACAGACCCCGUCGAGCUUUGGGCAUCGCCGAAUUCGCGGAGUCGAAUCGAACGAGAUUACUUCGACAGCAAUUUUGAGCCGUUUUACCGCAACGAACAAAUCAUAAUAACCACGGUUGGGUUGAAUAAGAUUUACCACGAAACGGAUGAUGGGGUGAUUGAGUUUGGCCCGGUUUUUAACGAAACGUUUUUGCGGGAAGUUUUGAAUCUCCAAGAAAAAAUUAAAAUGUUAGGUGCGGGAACGGAUCAUAGUUUCGAUAAGAUCUGUUUUGCACCUUUACGGAUGAAGGGCCAAAAAAACACUGAUGUCGCGGAGUGUUCCGUACAAAGCAUUUGGGGGUAUUACCAAGAUGACCCCGAUAAUUUCGAUGAUACUUAUUUAGACAAAUUUUUAACGUGCUCUCAAAACCCUUUUAACAUGGAUUGUUUGGGGACAUAUCAAGGCCCGAUCGAUCCUGCGAUCGCCGUUGGUGGGUUUUUGAAACCAGGCCAAUCUUUAUCUGAUAACCCUCAAUAUAACGAAGCGACGUCGAUUAUUUUAACUUUCUUGGUGAAUAAUCACCAUAAUAAAACAAAAAUUGGACCCGCGAUGGAAUGGGAGAAAAAAUUCGUUGAUUUCAUGAAAAAUUGGACUUUAACUGACAAACCCGAUUACAUGGAUGUUGCGUUUACAUCGGAACGAUCGAUUGAAGAUGAACUCGAUCGUGAGAGUAAAUCGGAUGUUUUAACGAUUUUAAUUUCUUAUGUUAUUAUGUUUGCGUACAUCGCCGUGAGUUUGGGGCAAUUAAAAUCGUGCUCUCGCCUUUUAAUUGAUAGCAAAAUCACGUUGGGUUUGGGCGGGGUUUUUAUUGUUUUGGCUUCGGUGAUUUCAUCAGUGGGAAUUUUUGGAUUUAUUGGAGUCCCAGCUACUUUAAUCAUCGUUGAAGUAAUCCCCUUUUUGGUACUUGCUGUAGGAGUCGACAAUAUCUUUAUUUUAGUUCAAACACACCAAAGAGAAUUAAGGAAAAAUUCCGAAACUCAUGAGGAACACAUUGGAAGGAUUUUAGGGCAAGUUGGGCCCUCAAUGCUUCUUACAAGUGUCUCAGAAAGUUGUUGCUUCUUUUUGGGGGGAUUAUCCGAUAUGCCUGCUGUGAGGGCGUUCGCUUUGUACGCUGGGAUGGCUUUAUUAUUCGAUUUCCUCCUCCAAAUAACUUGCUUCGUUAGCUUAUUAUCCCUUGAUACGAUAAGACAAUCAAAUAAUCGAUUCGAUAUUUGCUGCUUUAUAAAGGGAUCGAAGAAAGAUGUAGGAAACCAAGAGAAUCAGGACGGGAUUUUAUACACUUUCUUUAAAUACGUUUACACCCCGAUAAUAAUGAAUAAACUCUCGAGAGUUGUCAUAAUGAUCUUCUUUUUCGGCUGGAUUUGUUUAUCGAUUUCGGUGGCCCCCCACAUCGAAGUGGGGCUAGAUCAAGAGUUAUCAAUGCCCGAAGACAGCUUUGUGCUGAAAUAUUUCAAAUAUUUGAAGGAUUAUUUAAACAUAGGCCUCCCGAUGUAUUUCGUUUUGAAGGGUGGGUUAAAUUUCACGCAAUUUGACACGCAAAAUUUAAUUUGUAGCGGGCAAUAUUGCGAUGUUGAUUCUUUGGUUACUCAAAUUUACGUCGCUUCGAAAUUAUCGAACACCACUUAUAUCGCUAAACCGAGUAGCAGUUGGUUGGAUGAUUAUUUCGAUUGGGCCUCAAUCCCAACUUGUUGCAGGAAAGAUAAAAACACCGGAGACUUUUGCCCCCAUUCAAAUCGAAAGUGUCAACUCUGCAACAUCAAUCUUCAAAAUAAAACCCAACGUCCAUACGAAUCAGAAUUUUCUCACUACAUCUCGUAUUUCUUACAAGAUAACCCGGAUAGUGAUUGCGCAAAAGGGGGGCACGCCGCUUACGGUCAAGGCGUUAACUACAAAUUGAACGAAAAAUUAAAAUCCUCAACCGUGGGUUCGUCCUAUUUCAUGGCGUAUCACACCAUUCUAAAAACAUCGAAAGAUUACUAUGAAAGUAUGAGAGCCGCUAGGAAAAUUUCCCAAAACAUCACCGAUACGAUUAAUAAAAAAUUAAAAAUGAGUGGGGAUAAUACCGAAAUUGAAGUUUUUCCAUAUUCAGUUUUUUAUGUUUUCUACGAGCAAUAUCUAACGAUGUGGUCGGAUACUUUGAAAAGUCUCGGAAUAAGUUUGUUGGCGAUUUUUGUUGUGACCUUCGUUUUGAUGGGGUUGGAUAUUUUCUCAUCGAUCGUUGUUGUGAUAACGAUAACAAUGAUAGUUGUAAAUUUAUGUGGGAUGAUGUAUUUUUGGAAUAUAACCUUAAACGCGGUUUCUUUGGUUAAUUUGGUGAUGGCGGUUGGAAUUGCGGUGGAAUUUUGUUCCCAUAUGGUACAUAGUUUCGCGAUGAGUGUACAACCAACAAGAACUGAAAGAGCGGCCGAUGCGCUUACAAAAAUGGGGAGUUCCGUAUUUUCCGGGAUCACCUUAACGAAAUUCGGCGGUAUCAUCGUUUUGGGAUUCGCGAAAUCUCAGAUUUUCCAAGUAUUCUAUUUCCGGAUGUAUCUGGGGAUAGUUUUAUUGGGCGCCGCUCACGGACUCAUCUUUUUACCAGUUCUAUUGAGCUAUAUCGGCGUGAUGCAACGUCGUGGUAGAUCAACAAAUAAUCAACACCAAUCGGUGGAAAAUUCGUUGUUGUUGCCUUCCACAUCAGGAGCAGUCAAUAACUACAACAGUAUAAACCCGGCUUGGGCGUAAAAAACUUUUUUAUACCAUAGUUUAAAUAUUAAAAACGAAAAGUACUUUAAUUUAAAACAUAAAUACUAAAAAGAGGUGCCUCAUUUAAUAAGAGUAUUUUCGUUGUUUAGUUCAAUUUUGUGAUAGAAUUAAUCAUUUAAUUUUUUUUAAUUUAUGUGUCUAAAAAGGGAAGAAAGUUUUCUUUGUUGUGAUAACGUUUCAAAUCUCAGGAACCGUCCUUUAACGGUAUUUUUUCUUUUUUGGAAUAUUAUUAACGAAAAUUAAAAAGAGGGUGAAGAAACGUUUAUUAAAUUAGUCAGUAUUGAAAUAUUUUUUAAUAAUCUCAACAUUCAUUUUAUAGGAAUUAAAAAAUGGGGAAAAGAAAUGAAUGUAAUUAAGCCUUCGAUGUCCGCACUUAUUACCAUUUAAAUAUUUAAAUAAUACAGGGUGAUGUUUACAAAAUAAAAUGGGACAUAUCCUUUUAUAACAUAAAAUAAA